UUGCGGUUUGUCACGUGACCCCGGUGAACGUACACAGUGCACUCCGCGGAGAGUUUAACGCAAAUAUAAAGCUGUAAAAACCGAACACAUGUCGUGUUAAAGUCCACGGCGGUGUAGACAAACAAAGCAGAAACACGGCGAACACGUUAGCACGCGCGGAGUUGUGGACACCAACCGUCGUGGGCGUCUUACACGUUGAAACACCGCCCGCGCCGGCACUCUACGGUGUCACAAACCGAGCGUCCACUCCGAAACGGGUUCAGGAAGUCGUUCAAGGUUUUGUUGUAUUGUUGCCACGGACGGAGCUCGUGCAGCUGGGGAGGGCUUUAAACUUUAACUUUAAAAACAAAACAAAUAUAUAUAUUUUUAAUUAUUAGAUCCGCCCGUUAAGCUCACCAGGACACCGAGAUGCCACCUAAAAAACGCAACUCUGCGACGGCACAGAGCAAAGAGCUGAAGCCCGGCGCUGAAAGUGGCUCUCCAGACAAGAAGGAGAGUCCAGAGUUAUCUGUUAAAAAGCACAGAGACAAGGAUGCUGAGUUUGUGGCCCUGUGUAAGAGCCUCUGUGUGACCGACCUGGUGUGUGACCGAGCCUGGAAGCUGUGGAAAGCUGUUCAAGACUCCCUGGAGGAAGUAGCUGAGAGUCAGAAAAGGCUGUGGGGGGCUUGUCUGUUUGUGUCAGCCACAGACAUGGAUGUCACCUGUUUCACCUUAACUCAGGUUCUGAAAGCAGUCAGUAUGAAUGUGAAGCAGUUUUUUGCUCUGGUGAGGAAACUGGAUGUGAACGUGGACACUAUAAGCACCAAGGUGAAUUCAGCACUGACACGAAUGGAGAAAAAGUACAGCGUGACACUGGCUCUCUACGAGAGGUUUGAGAAAACGUGCAAGAAAAUCUUUGCUUUGGUGUCGGAUGGCAAGGAGAGGGAGACCAUUCGGAGCUGUUGGACAAUGUUUCUUUUGGCCAAGGGAAGGGCCUUGCAGAUGGAAGAUGACCUGGUCAUAUCAUUCCAGCUGCUGCUUUGUACGCUGGAGUUAUGCAUCAAGCGUUGCCCUCCAGACCUUCUGCAGCCUCUUUACAAAUCAGCUAUCAGCAAAGUUCAGAGUCCUCCGACACGAACAUCUCGUCGCAACCAGAGCAAAGCCAAAUCUCGACCUCCGGAGCCUGAGGUGGAUUUGCAGCUUCUCGAAACUUUGUGCAAAGAGAACGAAUGCAAUGCAGAAGAGGUAAAGAAUGUGUACCAGACCAGUUUCUCAGCUUUCCUGGACUCACUGGAUCUUUCAAGAUCUGCAGAUUUUCCUCAGGUGAACGACAUCAACCAACAAUACGAAGAGCACUACCUCAAGAGUCGAGACAUUGAUGGGCGGCUGUUUUUUGACGGAGAUGAGACUGUUCUUGCACCUAAAGUCGAGAUAUCACAGUUGGAGAGAACGCCAAAGAAAAACCUUUCAGACGAAGAUACCGUACUCAUCCCGCCUCAGACUCCAAUCAGAGCGGCCAUGAACUCCAUUAAGCAGUUGAGGGGUGAUCUCACCUCCAGUGGGGACCAGCCUUCUACUAACCUGGAUACAUAUUUCAAAAAUUGCACUGUUGACCCGAAGCAGGACGUGCUGAAGCGUUUGGAGACGCUCGGACAGGCGUUCAGCCAAAGGUUCGGUCAGGCAGUCGGCCCUCGCUGUAUAGUACUCGGCAGACAGAGGUUCACCCUCGGUGUCAAACUCUAUUACAAAGUCAUGGAGGCAAUGCUGAAAUCGGAAGAGAAGCGGCUGUCUGUCCAGAAUUUCAGUAAACUCCUCAAUGACUCCACAUUUCACACAUCGCUUUUGGCCUGCGCUCUGGAGGUGAUCAUGGCAACGUAUGGAGAGAGCAGUUUUAAGACCGGAGGAUACAACCACCCUGCUGCUACCGCUGCUGGUGGUGGUGAUGCAGCUGAUACAAACGUGUGCUUCCCUUGGAUUCUUGAUGUGGUGAACCUCGCCGCCUUCGACUUUUACAAAGUCAUCGAGAGCUUCAUCAAGGCCGACCCCACCCUGAACAAAGAAAUCGUGAAACACCUGGAGACCUGCGAGAACCUCAUCAUGGAGAGGAUCGCAUGGAGGACGGGCUCGCCGCUGUUUGAGCUGCUGAAACAAGAGCAUGAAGGCGGAGCGGCAGAGCAAGUGGAGCCCCCAGCUAGUUUCAACCAACCACUGCAGCACAACCACACCGCAGCUGACCUAUAUUUGUCCCCCACGCGUCCGAACGUUCGUGUAUUGCCACCCCAAUCUCCGGCCACGCCCAGCUCUCAGCCUUCCUCUCAGCCUCCUCAAGCUUCGACCCAGCCUGCCGGCCAGAGCCUCCCAAAGUCCAACUCCCUCAGCCUCUUCUAUAAGAAAUUGUACCGCCUGGCCUACACGAGGCUCAAGAUACUCUGCUCCUACCUGCUGUCCUCCCACCCUGAACUGGAGCCCAUCAUAUGGACCCUGUUCCAGCACACCCUGCAGCACGAGCACGAGCUGAUGAGAGACCGUCACCUCGACCAGUUGAUGAUGUCGGCCAUGUAUGCCAUUUGUAAAGUGAAGAGUGUCGAUCUGCGCUUCAAGACCAUCGUCACAGCCUAUAAGAACAUGCCCAACACCAGCCAGGAGACCUUUAAGCAUGUGUUGAUCACUGAGGGACACUAUGACUCCAUCAUAGUCUUCUACAACCAAGUGUUCAUGCAGAAGCUGAAAACCAACAUCUUGCAGUACGCGUCGACCAGGCCGCCCCCCCUCUCGCCAAUCCCGCAAAUACCACGCAGCCCGUACAAGCUCCCCAGCUCACCUCUGCGCGUGCCUGGGAGCAACAACGUGUACAUCUCCCCGCUGAAAAGCCCACGCAUGUCCCCGAGUAUCAUGACUCCUCGCACCAGGAUGCUGGUAUCGAUUGGUGAAUCUUUUGGGCUGGCCAAUCGUUUCCAGAAGAUCAACCAGAUGGUCAACAGCAGCGACCGCUCCUUUAAGAGGACCCUGGAUCUCGGCGCCACCCCAAAGCCCCUGAAGAGGCUACGUUUCGAUGUGGACGGGCAAGACGAAGCCGACGGCAGCAAAUCUGGAAGAGACUCCACACUGAUACAAAAACUUGCAGAGAUGAACUCUACUCGGAGUCGCAUGCAGGAGCAGAAGAUGAAGGAGGACGCAGAAUCAAGGAAGGAGUAACUCGUUAAAAACCUACUGAACUGGCCUGCACUGUUUAUCACAGCGUGAACUUCCUGUUCACACACACUCUCCUGUACAUUUAGUAUUGGAUUUUAGUUUGUAUUUAACUUUGAGGAGUAAUAUGUGAAUAUAGAGGACUUUCCUCUUUUGUGUUGAUGCUUUAACUGAGUGUUUUAACUGUUUGAAUAAUCGUCGACACCGUUGAAUUUAAUUUGAGUUUUGAAUUGUUGCAUAGUAAAGGCUUAAAGUCCACCAGGCACGAAGUUGCUGGAGCUGAUCGCGGCCGUUCCUGUCAGAGUUUCAAACCCCACCAGAUUCGCUGCGGUCCAUUUUAGGAAGCGGCGCUCCACAGAGAGAAUACGUGGAUAUUCUACGCCGCGAGCAGCCUGCAUCAAUCUGCACGGCGUAGCUUGAGCUGGCCAGAAGUCAGGCAGAGAAAGACACCUAGUAGAUUUUCAAAAUAAAACACCCUGUGCAAACUGACAAAAGGUUGCUAACAGAGUUUGGCAGGCAAAACAUCCUGGUGGGGUUUGAAGUCGCGUGGAGAGCAGACUAAAACUGACUGUUUCGGUGUCAAGUGUUUUGUUUUUAAGAGUGGUAUUAAUUUGUGUGGCUGUUUAAGAAAUCAUUGUUUUCACUCACAUGAAUGUUCUCGAGUGGUGAGAAUCACUGUUGGUUUUCUUCUUGUUGUUAUAUAAUUGGUGGAGUCUCACCACCAUCAGGACUUUCAUGUGUUUUUAUUUUCACAUUUCAAAAUGUUUCGAUGAUGAUGAUGCAAUGCUCCAAUUGUUUCAAUCAUGAUGACUCUCCCUAGAAAAGGAUUAAAUGUCAGCAGCCUCUUGAGGGAAAUCAAUGUCCUUUCAUGCUGCAGUUUUACUUUUAAAGUGAUAUUUUUACUUGGGAUAACAUCUCGGGAAAGUUUAGAUUGUGCCAUAAAGUGAGAUUGAUUGUUUUACAAAUCAAAUAUUGCUUGAAGGAAAAUCCUUGCACAUGAUUUGCACUCCUCAUUUCAAAGGAUUUGGUUACAGGUAACACUUAUUUUUGGUGUUUUAUAGUUUUACUUUUUGGCAGUACAAACACCUCAUAGUAUUUUCAUAUUCUCUGUCACAAUUUUUUCUACACAUAUGUUCAUUUUAAUGUUUGAAAAUUCCGAGAAAAGGUACAGUGAGACAGAGAAAAUACAUAUGUGGGCUUUACCCCAGGAAAAAAAGAAAUAUUGCUAGAAAUGUCGAUUUACCAGAGUUUUUAAAUUAAAAUGUGUUUAUAUUGUACUUUAUUGAAGUAGUUUCUUGAAAGCGUAGUAAAUAUUUCUUUUGAAAAUAUUUUGUUUUGGGACUUCUUUGCAUCGCUGUCUUGACAUGCAGGUAUUCUUUGGAAAUCAGUGGUCAUGGUUGACGUCUCUGUCUGUGCUUUCAACAGCAUGUAGUGAUUAACAAGCUGAUAGACCGAACACGCUGGUUUUUUUGUUUGUUUGUUUUUAGGAUUGUUUUAUUGUGUUCCAGUUGUAUGUACACCGUCUCACACUGUCUGGUUCUGUUGUUGGUUCAUGGAGACUUGUGAAGAUCUCCUUUGGAGGUAAAUACCAUGCAAGUGUUUGUUAUGAAAAUGAAUCUGAGUUAAUCUUUCUCAGGAAUCUCAUCCCACAUUUCCCAACAAAAAGAUGAUUGUGAAAUCUGUUUUAGGAACUUUAAGUUAUGACUCCUGCUUACUCUCAUCCUUUAAGAUCAUUUGUUAUUGAUAGACCGUUUAGAUCUCCUCAUCGUGUUUACAACCAGAAAAUUCUGUGUUUUGUUUUGUUUUUCUACCACGAACCAAUAAAAACCAGAACUUUGACAGAA